GUGAUCUGCAGAAGUUUUCAUUUCUUUGGAUCUCCUUGAAACACACUGGCCACAGGAUUCCUGCUACGCUUUUCAGAGUGAACAAAUUUCUGGAGCACCAGAAUUGCUGAGUAGCAUUAUAAGCCCACUGUUGCCUCACUGACAAUGUCGUCCAUAUUUGAGAUGGUCACUGGAAAUGUGGUCCACGAACUGAGUAGGAAGGGAGACCUAAUUCCUGUUGACAGCCUCAUUGACGCAAACAAAUUCAACUGUUGUUCUCUCGUGUACAAAAGAAGGAGCCUUUUCUCUUUCUUUAAACCUCAGUACUGGACAACAGGGCUUACUGUGGAUGACCUUCUGGAAGCCUCUGAUGAGCUGGACUGUGUCCGCACAGAGGCAAAGAAAAAAAACCAGUUUAGCAUUGAGAGCAAUAUGGAAAAGAAGAUGAGUAUUACGUUGAAUGUACCCAAAGACACAAACUUAGACAAGAAAGAUGACUCCUCUAUAAAGCAUGACCUCAAGAUACAGUGCUAUGAGAUCUCCCAGGCAACAAAGGACUCUUUGUCCCAUCGGAAGCUGAAGACAGAGCAGCCUUCCGAAGUCAAGGCAUUAAAGGAAAGAGGAGAAAAUCUGUACAUGGUGAUACAAACUGUGGAGACAAUAGAGGAACAAGAAGUACAGGGGAAAUAUUCAGAGGAUGUUUGGUUCAACUUCUUGAAGAAAAUAGAUGCAAAUAUCAACAUCAGAGAAAGCAGUGCUAUUACCAUCCCUUCUAAGAGUGUCCUUGCCUUCAGAGUAAACCUGCUGGUCUUUGAUGAGGAGUAUUGUAGAAUUUCUCAUUUUAAUGAUGAAAAUUCUUUCCCUGUAGAAAGUGAUAGUGCCUACAGAUCAGAAGAAAACUACAUGAGGCCCCUGAAGAGCUUCAGGGAUCUGCAGGAGAAGGUGAAGGACUUGAAAUGGGAGCUCCAACACCUGACAGGAAUGGAACAGAAGGACGUGCCGGACUCAAUUAAAAGGCAUCUGCAGGAUGGGACACUGGGGGAACUGGAGGAAAAGGUCAGGAUUACCUUUCUCACGGAAGAGCUAAGGUAUUCUGAGGACCCUCUUCUGAGCAUACUGUUUGAUGCUUGUGGGAGCUUCAUACUGCAAAGGGGUGAUGUCAUGCUGUACUUCCUUGACGCACUGACAGAACUGGAAGAGGUGCAACAGAAGCUGCUGGCUGUGGUUAUGGAAGAGAGGCGCUUGUCUGAGUUGAUGAAGUUGGUGAAGGACAUCCUAAAGCAGACCUCCAAGAGUGAGCCAAAACCAUUCCCUCUGAUGGAUGACUCAGUCACCCACAUGCUUGUGAGAACAUGUGACCCAGAGUACAAAGAAAAGCUCUGUGUCACCUGGGACUCAGACACAUGUCACUCACUCUGUGUCCUCUACACAGCCCUUUCUCUCCUGAUGGUAAUAUAAGCCCAAGGUCCCAGUGCUGUCCUCUAAUUUUGUUUCCCAGGGCUGGAUAGUUUCAAUCUCAAACCACCAGAUUGUCAAUCAAAAUAGCUUCACAUGAUUUCAUUCCAAAGAAGAAAAGAAAAUGAUCAAAGACAUGGAGUAUACUGUUCUUUGUACAGUAGAUUGUAAGCUCCCUGAGGAUAAGAACUGCUUAAUUUUGCCUUUGUAAUAAAUCAGUUUCACAGAAUCUCAGUGUUGAAAGGGGUU